AUGGGUAUCGAAGCUCUUGAUUUCCCCCAGAUGUGGGAACGUCCCAGCUACACGCAGUUGGCAGACGUACUCCAGACUCUUGAACUCAGCCCUCCUAUCUGGAACCACAAGCGUCGUCGCUCCGAGAUCAUCGAGGAGCAGGAGUCUCUGGCGAGUCAGCGCAAGGCAGAAGUCACCCGCUAUCUCUCCUCCAUCAUCAAGAGCCCCCUGGCAUGGAUCGACAACGACGACGAGAAGGAGGCUCUUUGGACGCAGGCAAGCAAGCGCAUGUCGGAGCGGUGCGGGCGCACGGCUAUGGGCGAGGUUAUUCGGAGCUGGCCUUUUGGAGACGGCGCGGAUGAGUUUGAGUUGAUUAUUCGGGAGCCCGCGCUCACGGGAGAUUCGUUGGGCUUCAAGACCUGGGGUUCUUCGUAUGUGCUGUCGCAGCAUCUUCCUCACAUGGCUGAAACGUCGCUGUUUCGACUCUUCGACGAGACGCUGGGCCAGCCAAGACCUGAUGUGCUUGAGCUUGGCUCCGGAACUGGGCUCUUGGGUCUUGCAGCUGCGGCUCUGUGGAAGGUCCCCGUUGCGCUGAGCGAUCUACCUAAUAUCGUGUCCAACCUCAGAGAAAAUGUGGCCAAGAACACAGAUCUUGUCAAGUCUCGUGGCGGAUCACUCACUGUUGGAGAUCUUACCUGGGGCGGAAGUGAGGACGAGAUAGACCAGACUCUGUUUGGACAACUGCACCAGUUCAAGAUUGUCCUUGCGGCUGAUCCCAUGUACGACGAUGACCACCCAGCUCUGCUGGCCUCCGCCAUCGGCCAGCACCUGGCACUGGGCUCCGACUCACGCGCCGUCGUCAUGGUGCCGCGCAGAGAUGCCACCACGGAGCGUCUCCUCGAGUCAUUCCGCCAGGCCAUGCUCGACCUCGACACGCCGCUGUUCUGCGAGCAGGAGGACGAGCUCGCGGGCCAGGACGACUGGAUUGAGGACGACGAGGCGGGCAAAGUGCGGUGCUGGCUAGGCGUAUUCAGCCGAGGUGGUUCACCGCUGCCUGUGGUCAGUGAUGCAGCAUCUAUUUAG